AUGAGACGUGUUUUACUAGCCAAAUUCCUUCUAUGGGCUGGCUUCGCUGCUAGCCAUGCCAUCAGCAUUGGCGACUCUAUGGAUCGACGGGCUGUCCAAGAUGCUCAUCAAAAAGCUGCAAUUCCGAGCCGUAAUGGUCUGCGAUUCGUGAUCGACGGCCAGGCAGACUACUUUGCUGGCAGCAACUCUUAUUGGAUCCCCUUCCUCAAGAGCAAUUCCGACGUGGACUUGGUUAUGAGCCAUCUGAAGCAAUCCGGUCUCAAGGUGCUUCGCGUCUGGGGAUUCAACGAUGUUAACGAGAUCCCCACCGACGGCCGCGUCUGGUUCCAUCACAUCUCAAAUGGAACGUCGACCAUUAACGAUGGAGCCGAUGGCUUGCAGCGUCUGGACUACGUUGUCAAGUCCGCCGAAGCGCACGACGUCAAGCUUAUCGUCAACUUUGUCAAUAACUGGGGUGAUUAUGGCGGUAUUGCUGCGUACAAUACGGCCUUUGGAGGUAACGCGACGUCCUGGUAUACGGAUGAGGCUUCUCAAAAGUCUUACCGGGAAUAUAUUAAGGCCGUUAUCUCUCGGUACAAGGGAUCGUCGGCUAUCUUUGCUUGGGAGCUUGCCAAUGAGCCUCGCUGCCGUGGAUGCGAUACCAGUGUGAUUUACAAUUGGGUCAAGAGUACUAGCGCCUUUAUCAAGUCCCUUGAGCCUGCCAGAAUGGUUUGCAUUGGAGAUGAGGGAAUGGGUCUCACUACUCAAUCGGACGGCACUUACCCCUUCACCUACUAUGAGGGAGUGGAUUUUGAGAAGAACCUCGACAUUCCUACCAUCGAUUUUGGCACGCUUCAUCUAUAUCCUAGCCAGUGGAGUGAGCAAGAUCCUUGGGGUAACCUCUGGAUCGAAGCUCACGGUGCUGCUUGUGUCAAGGCCGGAAAACCAUGCUUGCUGGAGGAGUACGGCUCCCUUGCGCAUGCAUCUUCCGAAGCCCCUUGGCAGCAGACUGCGUUGAAGACAAAGGGCAUUGCAGGUGAUACUUUCUGGCAAUAUGGUGACAAUCUUUCUUCUGGUCCUUCACCGGAUGAUGGAUACACUAUCUUCCGUGGAACUGCUAACUAUACUAUCCUGGUGACUGAUCACGUCAAGAGCAUCAAGAAGGCCAACAAGCACUAG